AUCGGUGCCGAGAUGGAUCACCGGGAAAAGAGUGACCGGCGACUACUGCUAUGGUUCUUCGCCGUAGCCACCGCCGUAAAACUCCUUCUCAUUCCGUCGUCCAGAAGCACCGAUUUCGAGGUCCACCGUAACUGGCUCGCUAUCACAAACUCUCUUCCUCUUACCAAAUGGUACUUCGACGAGACUAGCCAAUGGACACUCGACUAUCCUCCUUUCUUCGCCUACUUCGAACGCUUCCUCUCAAUUUUCGCGCGUCUCGUCGAUCCCAGGAUCGUAGAUCUUCAAUCAGGACUCGAUUACAAUGCCGAAUCUGUAAUUUACUUCCAACGAAUCAGCGUAAUCGUCUCAGAUCUAUGUCUUCUCUACGGUGUUUAUCGAUUGACUCGAAAAUUAGAACCGUUGAAACGAAAUCUGAUCUGCGCAUUGGUGAUUUGGUCUCCGGGGCUAUUGAUCGUAGAUCACAUUCAUUUUCAGUAUAAUGGAUUUCUACUGGGUUGGUUAUUGCUUUCGAUUUCGUUUCUUCAAGAAGGGAGAGAUCUUUUGGGUGGGUUUUUAUUCGCAGUUCUUCUAUGCUUUAAGCAUUUGUUCGCCGUCACUGCUCCGGUUUACUUUGUUUAUCUACUUAGGCAUUAUUGCUGGUCUGGUUUAGUUACUGGUUUCCGACGGCUUGUAACUAUUGGUGCGGUGGUUGUGGCGGUUUUUGCUGCUGCCUAUGGACCUUUUAUCUAUCAUGGACAGAUACAGCAAGUCAUCAGUAGAAUGUUUCCUUUCGGGAGAGGAUUGUGUCAUGCAUACUGGGCACCUAAUUUUUGGGUUUUCUACAUAAUACUCGACAAAGGGCUUGCGGUUUUGCUGCGGAAGCUAGGAUAUGAAAUUCAAAUUCCUUCCGCAUCUUUCACUGGAGGAUUAGUUGGAGAUUCUUCGCCUUUUGCAGUUCUUCCUCAGAUCACGCCAUUGACAACAUUUGCAAUGGUAUUACUAGCUAUAUCUCCAUGUCUCAUCAAAGCCUGGAAAAAACCACACUCGGGGCUCGUUGCUAGAUGGGUAGCUUAUGCAUAUACAUGCGGUUUUCUGUUUGGAUGGCACGUCCAUGAGAAAGCAUCGCUUCACUUUACCAUCCCACUUGCAAUCGUUGCAGUUCAGAGUCUAGAAGAUGCUAAACAUUACUUUCUGGUUUCCAUAGUCUCUUGCUAUUCGCUCUAUCCACUCUUAUAUGAACCGCAGGAGUACCCGAUCAAGGUUCUGUUGCUGUUAUUGCAUUCCGUGGUAAUGUGGCUCGGCUUUGCAGCUCAAUACACAGAUUAUAAGGCGCAGAAGAAGGAGACUAGUGAAAUCAAGAGCAAGUUUAGGAUUGGAUGUUUUGAGAAGAGCUAUCUAAUGGGUUUGAUUAUAGUAGAGAUAGUGUCUCAAUUCUUGCAUCCGUAUUUUCUAGGUGAUAAGUUGCCAUUUUUGCCUUUAAUGUUGAUCUCAACAUAUUGUACCGUUGGUAUUAUGUACUCUUGGAUUUGGCAGCUCCGGAAGAUCCUGACAUGA